AAAGAACUAAACAACUAUAUAUUGCUCCAUUUCCUCCCACACCCAGCAUUACGCUUUGUGUUCUUUUUGUGAAGACAAGAUCCCGUAAUCCAAAAUCUCAUUUCCCUCAAAAGAAAAACUUUUUUUUCGAAAAUAAAACUAAACUUUAAAAAUGGGAAACAGCUUAGGAGCAAAAAAGAAAACUACAAAGAUCAUGAAAAUGAAUGGUGAAACGAUUAAGUUGAAGACACCGGUGAACGCCGGCGAUGUCAUGAAGGGCCACCCGGGUCUCGUGUUGAUGGAUUCGGAGAUGGUGAAGCAUUACGGAAUCCGGGCUAAGCCGUUGGAACCUCAACAAGAUCUGAAGGCUAAGAGGCUUUACUUCUUGGUUGAAUUGCCAAAGUUUCCUGAAGAUAAAUCGGCCAGAAGAGUCCGGUCGGGGAUAAAUAUGAGCGCCAAGGACCGGCUGGAAAGCCUAAUGUUGGGUCGGAGGUCGGCGUCGGAUUUAUCGUUCAUGAAGGCCCCGAGCAUUAUGGUGGAGAAUGGCGGCGGUGGUAGUGGAGGUGGUGUCGAGCCAUUGAGGGUGAAGUUGAGGUUGCCAAAGGCGGAGGUAGAGAGGUUGAUGAGGGAGAGCAAAGAUGGUGGUGAGGCGGCGGAGAAGAUCAUGAGACUUUGCAUGGAGAAAAAUGGCGGCGGAGGUGGUGGGGGUGGCGAGGCACCGACGGAUAAACGGCGGGUGCAAUGGAAAGAGGAUGCUUCCAAGGGCCGUGGGAAAAGAGUGGGAUUUCUUCCUGUCAGCCAAGAGCUAAACAUGGAAUAGCACAAAAUACCAACCAAAAAACACAGUAUAGCCAAGCAGAGUUCUCUCAAUUUUCCUCCUACUCCUCCUGUAUAUGAUCCACAAUAUGUAUUUUUUCUAGAAUGAAUUUAAUUUUAAUUAUUUAUAUUUGUAAAUUUAUGGUAAAUUAAUCAUCAUAUGUGUUAAAAUAUAAUGCAAAACAUUAUGUAUGUUCGAAUAAGUGAUUUAAGGAAAAUGUUCCUGUUGCAACAACCACAUGAUUAUAAUCACUCAUUUUAACAUACUUUAAUGUUAUUAUAUUUUAUUAAAUAUGAUCGUUAGUUUAAAAUAAGUUUAUAAACAUAAUGAUUAGAUCGUUAAAUGACACAUUCGUCUUUUAUUCUUUUUUUUUUUCAUGUAGCUCUCUGGUGCUGUGGAAUAAUUUUGUAAUCUUAUUUUGAUGCAUG